UCUGUUAGCUACUCAAUCUCGUGCCAUGAAAUGACUUGCAGUUCUAUCUGGACAGAACUAUCGAACCCCACGCGUUCGGCCCAGCGGCCAGUACAGGGCUUCCAUAGAUGGCUACUGCCGGCGAAGGCGUCCAGCGUACCCUUUCCGUACCCUGUCCAUUCUUUUGUAAGAAUGGGUAUUGAUGUGACGUGGACGGCGCAUCUGAGGACCAACGAGCUCGACGACGUGGCGGAGCUAUAUCGCGAGCUUCAUCAUGAGAACCUCGCCUGUCCGUGCUGGUGCCGUUGGUGUACUGCCUGGCUUCUUAGAUCUGGGGCUAUAAGAUCUCAGGGGUAGUAGACAAAUCCGGUUACCCUGGAAACCAUAUGAGGGGUGCACGGAUGCUAAUUCUGAUUCCUCCGUCCGGACCCACAAGGACCACCACGGUAUCCAAUCAGGCCUCAACGCGCGACCGCGGACGUCGGCUGUUCUUGAUGAUCACAGUACGCCAACCUGUGUCCCCCUCGGCCUUGCGCUCCCUUCCCUCCUUUUCCUCUUCCACGUUCACUACGCUGCCACUCGUCUCGCCAUGCUGCAUACUUUUUUUCUCUCCAUCUCUUGUGUUCACCGUCUUUCAGCAUUUCUCGAACCGCAGACGCUCUCACCCGGCAGCUCACCCACCAAGCCGUGCGUCCUUGCGACGUAGCCGUCCUGAGACCUUCCAGAUUCGCCUUCUUUGUCGACUACAGCUUUUGUUGAUGACCGCCGUCUUUUAAGACUCGUCAACGCAUCACUUGCACCUGCAGCGACUCGGCCUCCUUCCAGAGGCGUUGGAUCAUGUACGCCAACGCCAGGUGGGCCAUGCUAGUCAGGGUGUCGGGAUGUUUCUCUCCCAGCACCUUCUUUCUCGCCUCCAUCACUUGCACCUGCACCUGUUACCGGCUGGCGAGAACGACUGGUGGCUUUCGAACCAGAU